AUGCGGCCCAAACAGCCCAACAAUGAGCUCCAAAAACACGGGGAAAUCUCGAAUUUCUUUCGCAGUUUCAGAGUUCACAGAGAACUAAUGGAGAUGCCUUCGUCUUCAAGGAGCUCAUCAUGGAGACAUCACCACCGCCAUCGGGGAGGGGAGAAAUUCGUGUCGACUGUUAUUUCUCCGGCGAUCAGCGGGAAGACUUGCUCGAUAUGUUUGACGCCGCUCCACGAUCACCGCAGAGCGGCGGUGAUUUCCGUCUGCUUGCACGCGUAUUGCUUGCAGUGCAUACGGCGGUGGAGCGAGUUGAAGAGGCGGUGUCCUCUCUGCAACGCGGAGUUCGAUUCCUGGUUCUGCAGGAUCAGCCUCUCGUCUCGGCGAUUUGAGACGGAGAAACUUCCGCCGCCUACAGCUCCGGUGAAAGCCAAGAGCUCCACGGCGGUGGCAAUUCGGCGCGGCAGAUUCGCUUCUCGGAAUGCAUUACGGACGGUUCAUAAUGAUAACCGGAUAUCGCAGCCUUUACCUAGGCGGCGAACUUUUGCCGGAGGGGAAAGAAGGCUUCAGUGGCGGGAAAGUAUAUACAAGCAAUGCUUGCAAGCUGUUCCCAUGGCUGAUACUUCUCGUGGUAGGCGUAAGAACACAACAGUUGAAGGAAUGUUACAGAGAAUAGAACCAUGGAUCCGGAGGGAGCUGCAGGCUGUGCUCGAUGAUCCAGAUCCGUCUGUAAUUGUCCAUGUGGCCUCCUCGUGUUUCAUCGAAAGCGUUGAACGAAAAUCCGAUUUUCAAUCUGGCGGCAACGGUGUUGUGGGCGACUUACUUGGUCCUAUAAGGCCUUUUCUGGGUGACUGGGCUGAUACUUUCUGGCAUGAGCUUAGAUGUUUUGCUGAAAGUUCACUGAAUAUGGAAACAUAUGAUGAGGUUGUUAACUAUGUACCAUCACAAGAGUUUGAUGAAGCGAGGCCUCCAAGGAUACAUCUGCUCAGAUAAACUCGGAUAAGUUAUGGACUAGCUAGAUUCAUGAAGCUGCUUGAAGUGGUACCUGUGAAUGCUGUUGUAGGCAACCUUUUAAUAUUUUCAGCCAGGGGAACUAAAAUGGGCAAAUAGUCAGGUGGCGAAAAGGAUCCCCCUGCUCCCUGAAGUCGAUGGCGCAUCAAAUGACCAUCUAUUUCCUCCAGAAGCAUCGACUUUGUGUAGAUGGAUGGUACAAUGUUGUCAACCGCUGCACCAACCUGACUCUUUGAUUCAUCACACUUCAUCUGCUUCGGCGAUGAGGGUUUAUCGUAAAGAGGAAAGUGGAGGUACGGAAAGCUCUCUGAUUUUACCCUGUGUAUGGAACGAAGAGGGGAUGCCGAGAUGCUGGCUACCAUCCUUCUCUACAUCAGGUCUCCUUAAGUAACUGAUACUAGGGAUGGAAGCAAGAUAUCGUCUUGAGAUCAAUAGUUAUUGAUACUUAUAUUUUAGGGUUAAUACCCUAGUUUGGCCCGAAGUUCAGUAUUAAUGACUGUUCUGGCCUCAUUUUUCAAAUAAGACAUUUAUGGCAUACUUUUGAAAUUAUUGGAC